AGAGGGAGAAGUUGGGCAAAGUUCAGGAGGCGUAAACGAGUCAAAACUUUUCACUGCAGUGGUUGAGGCACUCUUAACCCUCAGGACUGAGUCUGCAAUCCGGAGCACAAUGAUCGCAUACAUCCUGUUUACCGUUUUGGCAAUUUUGCCAUUGUUCAUCUAUUGGCGAAAUCCAUAUUUUCUGGGAGAUCUAAGAUACGCGGUCACUGCAAUUCGCAUCGGCAUGCGAAUGAGCAAAAUCAAGAAGAACUUUUCCAGCAUGCUGGACUGCUUCUUGGAUAGAGUGAAGAAGCAUCCAGAAAAGACUUUUCUGAUCUUCGAGGAGAGCGCCUACACGUACAGCCAGGCCGACAGGGAGAGCAACAAAGUAGCCAGGGCUCUGUCGACGCACGCCCAGCUGAAAGAGGGGGACACAGCCGCGCUGUUUCUGGGCAACGAGCCGCAGUUUGUGUGGCUCUGGUUGGGUUUGGCCAAGCUGGGCUGCGUGGCGUCACUCCUCAACUCCAACGUCAGGUCCAAGUCUCUGGUGCACUGCUUCUCCUGCUGCGAGGCCAAGGUCCUCAUCGCCGGUGCUGACUUGCGAGGAGCCGUAGAGGAGGUUUUGCCAGCUCUGAGAGAGCAGGGCAUCCGCGUGUUUAUCCUCAGCGACCAGAGUGACGCAGAAGGCAUCGAAAGCCUCGCCGAUAAGAUCGAGAAGGCCUGUGACGAGCCUCUGUCGCCGCAGCUGAGGGCAAACAUCAGCCUCAAAACUCCAGCACUCUACAUCUACACGUCUGGGACCACGGGACUUCCCAAGGCAGCUGUAGUUAACCACGAGAGGGUAUGGAUGUCGUCUUUUCUCCAGGUUAUGGUUGGUGUGCACUCCAGCGAUGUUCUCUAUUUGUACCUGCCUCUCUAUCACACCUCUGGUUUUCUGAUGGGACUCUGCGGAGCCAUAGAGCGAGGGAUCACUGUGGUUUUGAGACGGAAAUUCUCGAUUUCCAACUUCUGGAAUGACUGCAGAAAGCACAAUGUGACCGCCAUUCAGUACAUAGGAGAGAUCAUGCGUUAUCUGUGCAACACACCGAAGAAAGACAAUGACAAGGAUCAUAAAGUGAGACUGGCACUGGGGAACGGGUUAAGGCCGGACACCUGGGUUGACUUCCUGCAGCGUUUUGGAAAUGUUCGCAUCUGCGAAUGCUAUGGAGCGACAGAAUCUAAUGUUGGGUUUGUCAACUACGUUGGAAAAGUUGGCGCCAUCGGCAGAGAGCAUUUUCUCUACAAGAUGUCAUCUCCAUACGCCCUUAUAAGGUAUGACACAGAAAAAGAGGAGGCAGUCAGAAACUCCAGAGGAUUUUGCAUUGAAGUCCCUAAAGGCGAAACUGGUCUGCUGGUGGGGAAGAUAGGACAGAAAACCCCUUUCUAUGGCUAUGCCAAGAACAAACAGCAGACGGAGAAGAAGAAGCUGCGAGACGUCUUUGUGCAGGGAGACCUCUACUUUAACAGCGGCGACCUUUUGAGGAUAGACGAGGAGGGAUUUGUCUACUUUCAGGACCGCAUUGGAGACACUUUCAGGUGGAAAGGAGAAAACGUGGCAACCACAGAGGUGGCUGAUCAUUUACUGACGGUGGAUUUUAUUGAGGAGGCUAAUGUUUACGGCGUGAAGGUGCCAGGGCAUGAAGGAAGGAUUGGAAUGGCGGCGCUGAAGCUGAAAGGAAACGCAGAGUUUGAUGGGACAGCUGUAUAUCAGCACGUCAAAAACUACCUGCCCAGCUACGCCAGGCCACGUUUCUUACGGAUCCAGGAUGCUGUAGCGGUGACUGGGACAUUCAAGCUGCUGAAGGCGAAACUGGCUGAGGAGGGUUUUGACCCCGCCGUCAUCCAAGACCCUUUGUUUUUCCUGGAGGAUGGUAAAGGCUACGUACCCAUGACUCAGGAGAUUCUCACCGCCAUCACAGAGGGAACGCUUAAGCUCUGAAAGAGUCGAAUGAUUUAUCUGAUUUUAUACAUUUUAGGUAAUGCAGGCUGCAGAAUAAUGCAAAAUGACCAAUACAUUGAGCGUGUUUACAAAGGGCUAAAGGGAAAAUAUUUCAUACAGGAAUAUUUCAUAGAUUAUAGUUGUUCUUUUUAUAUAUAAUUCAAGCGUAAAUAAAAAUUUUUUUAAGUCCA